AUGUUGUUUGUAAUUCAGGUAGUCAAACCAGAAGAUGAUGACUUCCAGGAGUUUCAAGAUGCUUCAAAGUCUGGCUCACUAGAUGACUCUUUCACUGAUUUCCAAGGGGAUGUAGCUGGCUCCUCCAAGGCAGCCAGUUCACAGCACCGGAGCAGUGUUCCUUCUUUACUAAUGCCACUCCCAGGUAAUAAGACAAUCUCAUCAACUGAUAAGUAUGCUGUGUUUAAAGGAAUCGCAGCUGAGAAGCCUUCUGAAAGUACAGCUACUUUUGGAGAUUGUGGAGACAAGUAUAGUGCUUUCCGUGAAUUAGAACAACCAUCAGAGAGCAAAUACUUAGGAGAUAACCUUGCAGAAUUCAAGCCUGCAGGAACUGAUGAUGGUUUCACAGAUUUUAAAACCGCUGACAGUAUCUCACCAUUAGAGCCACCUACAAAAGACAAAACUUUCCCUACAUCCUUCCCUUCUCUGCCUGUUCAGUCAAAACAGCAAACACAAGCAAAGACCUCUUUGAAUCUAGCAGACUUGGAUCUCUUUUCCUCUACUGGAGAAAACAAGCAGCCGUCCUUUCCACCUGCAUUUAAUACAUCAAAAUCGGGCUCCUUUCCUCCACCACCCCUUCCAUCCACCACUGCCCAACCAACACCCAGCAAAAGUUCAAGCUUAGCUGAUGACUUUGGAGAGUUCAACCUUUUUGGGGAAUUUUCUAAUUGCGCAUCAGCCAGUGGACAAGAUGACUUUGCAGAUUUUAUGGCUUUCAACAGUAGCAGUGGAUUUUCUGAACAAAAAACAGAUGACAAAUACAAUGCACUUAAGCUAGAGGCCGGUCCUGUUCCUCAAUCUGGCUCAUCUGCCAGCACGGUGAAGAGUGGGCAGAGUUCUGCCACCGCUGCUACACCCACCAAAUAUGAUAUCUUCAAACAGCUUUCUCUGGAAGGCUCUGGAGCAGGCUUUGAGGAGGCGAAGGACAACGCGCUUUCCUCAGUGAAGAGCGAUGAUGAUUUUGCUGACUUUCACUCUAACAAGUUUUCGUCCACAUGCAACAGCGUGGAUAAGUCCCUGGUGGACAAAGUCGCAGCUUUCAAGCAGGCCAAAGAAGAUUCUGCUUCGGUGAAGUCUCUGGAUCUCCCUUCUAUUGGUGGCAGCAGUGUCGGCAAGGAGGAUUCUGAAGACGCGUUGUCUGUUCAGUUUGACAUGAAACUGGCUGAUGUGGGAGGAGAUCUUAAGCAUGUCAUGUCUGAUAGCUCUUUGGAUUUGCCAACAGUUAGUGGCCAGCAUCCACCCGCAGCAG